AAAGCAUACAGUAAACAUGAUUAUGCAGCUCAAUAAAAAAUAGUUCUGGCAUUAUUAAAAUUAAUUAAUUAAAAAUAGAUAACCGCUUGUGUCCCCCUCACUCCCAAGUUAUUCACAUUCCCUAGUCACCAUUACCCAUUUCUCUCUUAGUGACAAAAUUUUGGUCGGAGCAUGCGUACUUUGUGUUUCAGUUUCAUAAUCGGACCUACAAACUAUGCGAAUAACAAGAAGAAAGUUCCAUCUUGCUCUUGUUCUCAAGCCAGCUUCUCAGCUUCCGAAUACAGUAUUAGAUUGGAUGUCAAUAAGCAUCAGAUUGUCAGUAGUGAUAAAAGCAGUAGGAAUUCCUAUUCCUACAAUAGCAGAAAAGGAGGAAUUAGAGAGGAUCCGCUGUUAGGAGGAGGAGGAGCAGGAGAUGUGGUGGUUGCCGCAGAUAGAAAGCAGGUUCGGUGUGAAGUGGAAGUGGUGUCUUGGCGAGAACGGAGGAUUAAAGCUGAGAUUUCGGUGAACGCUGAUGUGAAUUCUGUUUGGAAUGCUCUCACUGACUACGAAAGGCUUGCCGAUUUCGUCCCUAAUCUCGUUAGCAGUAGGAGAAUUACUUGUCCACGUCCCGGACGGAUUUGGUUGGAGCAAAGAGGUCUCCAACAAGCGCUUUAUUGGCACAUAGAAGCUCGCGUUGUACUGGAUCUUCAAGAAUUCAUUAACUCGGAUAAUGUUCGCGAACUCCAUUUCUCUAUGGUUGACGGUGACUUCAAGAAGUUUGAAGGCAGAUGGUCUGUGAGAACUGGAAAAAGGUCUUCAACAGCUAUACUAAGUUAUGAAGUUAGUGUCAUACCAAGGUUCAACUUUCCUGCCAUUUUCUUGGAGAGGAUUAUCAGGUCAGACCUCCCAGUAAAUCUUCAAGCCUUGUCCUACAGAGCUGAAAACAGUUAUCAAGGCGAUCAGAGUGUUUCUGUCACUUGUGCUAAUACCAAAGCAGAACCUGGUUCUUCCCUUAUUUCCGUGAUGAGAGAUAUUGAUUGUGCCAUAUCCCAUGAGAAUAAAUCUUCCUGUGAAAACUUAAAGGACAAGUUUGUCAAAGACACUUUUGGCCCGUUGGCACCAGCUACAAGUGAUGUGAGUAAUAAUUGGGGAAUAUUUGGGAAAGCUUGCAGACUUGACAAGCCAUGCGUGGUGGAUGAAGUCCAUCUCCGAAGAUUUGAUGGUCUACUGGAAAAUGGAGGGGUUCAUCGCUGUGUUGUUGCUAGUAUUACAGUAAAGGCUCCAGUUCGUGAAGUAUGGAAUGUUUUGACUGCUUAUGAAAGUCUUCCCGAGAUAGUUCCAAAUUUGGCAAUCAGUAAGAUUUUAUCACGGGACAACAACAAAGUUCGCAUUCUUCAG